GCCUCGAGGUCAGUCAUGCAACAUUUUAUUCCCACGAUCUUAGUUAUGUCGGUGUUAUGCACACAGUGUGAUGAUGUAAUUCAAGCAUGUUCGGUUGCGCACAUAUUAACGAUAUCAAUUUUGUCCAGUGGAGGGGUGUCUUGCCUGCACGCACGAUAUAUAUAGUCUUCCUAAUGCCUUCUUCAGCUAGGUACCAGCCAGCUUUCAAUACUAGCUCAGCCCCGCUUCGGACGCCCGCUUGGUUAUCCCACCAUGACGACGUCUGUACACUCCACUUCUCAAGUUCCCCCAAGCUGUCGACCUCCCAAUAAUCCUACUUUGAGAUUGGCGUUCAAAAUAUUGUGCAUCAUUGCAGUCUCCCAGAAGUCUCUCGACCAUUGGAAAGACACAACGAGCAACGAAUGGAAGGAGCAUGUCAAAAUGAUGGUCAAUCGCUUCCAGAAUUCAAACGUCACUGCCGGGCUCGUACUCGCAACUACUACUCUGUUCCUGUCAUCAGAACCUCCCAUGGUUCGUUUGAUGGCUUAUGGCACCCCAAUCUCCUACAUCUUCGCCAUGGUUGCAUUUGGUGCUGCAUUGCUCAGCGUCAUAUCCGGAGCUGCUGUGCUCAUUAUCUAUGAAACUAGCACCACUCACAAAGACAUGGAAAGCCUCAAGCACAUGUCGCGACACCAAGUUAUCGCCCUGUUGUUGUGGUUGGCAUACCCCUCAAUAUGUCUGUCAUUCGCUACCUUCUUUUUGUUUGUGUCUAUCUUCAUCGCCUGCUUCUGGUCUGACAAUAUUACUGUCAACAUCAUAACUAUCUUGGCCUGUUUGGCCUUCCUUGCAAACGGAGCCCUUACAAUCUACGUUUACAGCGUUGUGGGCAAACAGCCGGUCGAUGACCGCGCAGGCUGUUAACAGUCAUCACGCUAGUGUGUGGCCUGCAUGCCUCCGGCUUCAAUACUGAUGAUGACUGGGUGUGAUAGUUGUAGACCACUCAGGCCUCAGGCCUCAGGGCUUGACUUUUGCCAAGAACUUGCUGUGUCCUUAUCAUAUGUAAUACAUGAAUAUUUUACCUGCC